UCGCCGCUCGCGCCGCUGCUGCCACGCGGCUUCUGCUGCUGCGAGGUCCUGCGCGCCACACCACACGCCACUCCCGCGCCGGCGCUCCGACAAACACGACGCUUUCAGUUCCAAGCGCGAACACACGCAAUCCGAAAUCAGUUAAACGAUAAGCUAUGUAACCGCCGCAUCCGACCAAUAUAAUCUCUAUCACUUUCCAUUUCGAACAACUAUACUCGCAAAGAAUGUAAAAUAAAAAAACAGCUCAACCAGCGUUUUCUGUUUCUAAAAUUUCGAGUGUCCGAUUCUUUCUCCUUCGAUAUUCAGCUGACCCUUUAACUCUUCUGAAUAUUUGUCGGAUUAAUAUCGUGUUAUCUGUUACGUGAAAUCAAGCCGGUGAUUGAAGUGCUAGUAAAGCAGCAACAUGUCAGGAGGUCAGGAGUGCGAUAGCAGCGUCGAAAGCGCAGCGGGCGGCUGGGGGCGGUGGCAGGCGCAGCUGGCGCUGAUGCUGGCGCUACCGGUGAUGCUAACAGGUCUUUACGGCACCAACUACGUGUUCCUCGCCGCGCAUACGCCACACAGAUGCCACGUACCGGAGUGCGAGGGCAACAUAAGCCACGGGGCGCCGCCCCCGCCCCCCGAGCAGUGGCAACCCGACUGGGCAGCGUGGGCGCUACCGGUCGCCAGCGCUGCCGACGCUGCCUGCCGCCGCCACAGCCCGCGCGCACUCGUCGCGGCCGACGCCGACACCGCCUGCCAUCCGCACUCCUUCGACAAUACCACGAGACAGGAAUGUGACAACUAUGUUUACCAGUUUCACGUUAGCAUCGUUCCCGAGUUCGACCUGGCGUGUCAGGAGUGGAAGCGGUCUCUGGUGGGCACAGUGCACAACGUAGGCAUGCUUAUCUCGCUACCCAUCAUGGGCUACGUGUCGGACAGGUACGGUCGUCGCGCGGCGUUGAUCACGAGUGGCGUUGGCGCCGGUGUGCUGGGUCUCUGCAAGUCCUUCGUCGCUUCGUACCACGCGUACUUAUUCGCUGAAUUCAUCGAGACCGUGCUCGGAGCCAGCGUGUACCCUUCUGCCUUCGUGCUGAUGAUCGAAUGGCUAGGUGUGGAGCAGCGAAUUUUGGCGAGCCUAGUCCUGGGCAUCCCGCUGGCGGGCGGCGCGGCGCUUCUAGCGCUGCUCGACUACAUGGCGGGCUACUGGCGUGUGUGGGCUCGCAUCGCGUAUCCGCCGUCCUUCUUGUUACUGGCGUACCCGUGGUUGUUACCUGAGAGCGUGCGCUGGCUGGUGACGCGUGGGCGCCUGCGCGAGGCGACGGCAGCGGUACGGCGCGCCGCGCGGGUCAAUAAGCGGCACGUUCCCGAAGCCGCACUGCAGAAGAUGCUCACCGCAGACGCUGAUCCGCUUGCCGAGAAGGCCGAAGUGGCCGUGCAGAUCGAGGAUGAGAGUCUCUUCCGAGCAUUUUUCAAAUAUGGCGUUCUGCGCGUGCGGCUGAGCGUGUGCUUUGUGUGGUGGGUGUCAGCGGUGUUCGUGUUCUAUGGGCUAGCGGUGCGCGCGCACGCAUUGUUCGGCGAGCCACACGUCAACUACGCGCUGCUGGCGGCGGCCGAACUGCCUGCGCUGCUCGCCAACACGUUGCUGCUCGACCGCAUCGGCCGCCGGCCACUUCUCACAGCCGCGUUCCUGUUCACGGCUACAGCGCUUAUCGCUAUCCCCUGCCUUCCUCCGGCGCUGAGCGCCGGCGCGGCGGGCACGGCGCUGUACCUGGCGGGGAAGGUGGGCGCGACCAUGUCCCUGAACGCGCUCUACGUGUACAGCGCCGAACUGUUCCCGACGCGCGCGCGCCACCGCCUGCUCGCCGCCUGCUCCACGCUGGGCCGCCUCGGCGCCAUCCUCGCGCCGCUCACGCCGCUGCUGGCGUCGCUGCGGUGGUGGGUGCCGACGGCGCUGUUCGGCGCGCUGCCUCUGCUGAGCGCGGCGCUCACGCGGCUGGUGCCCGACACGCUGCACCAGCGGCUGCCCGACUCGUUCGCCGACCUCGACACGCGCUCUGACGAUACUGAGCUGCCGUGACGGCGUCAACGCACCCGCGCCGAUAGUGUAGCACGUUCUAGUGGUACACGUUGCGGACACGGUGCUACUACCUAUAUACCAAUUCUGUUGUAUUUUCACGUCGAACGAUGUACUCGACGACAGUACCCAAUCAUACUACGCAUAUUUAUAAAUACAAUGUAAUGAACGCCGUGAUGGCUAUUUGUUACAGUUGAAUGGUUGUGAACAUAACGAUGAAUAUUACCUAUACAAAGUUACAUAUUUUUGUAAAUUAGUUUAAUUGCUUAUUAAAAUUAUUUAGCAGUUAGGACCGCAAGUGCAUUACGGUACAUCUCUCUAUCCGAGCGUUUUAUUUCCUCGCGUCACGUGUCAGAUGG